AUGGCCUCCACCGAUUCCGCCCACAUCAACGGCAACUACGCGCCGCAAGCCUACGAGAACAACUACGCCACCGGCGCCUCCAACUUCACACCGUCCCAGCAGCCCACCGCCCAGCCAGCGCAACAAGCCGCUGAGGUGCCCAAGGACGAGGUCGGCUGGUACUUUGUCGAGCAGUACUACACCACCCUCAGCAAGAGCCCCGAGCGCCUCUACCUUUUCUACAACAAGCGCUCUCAGUAUGUCUCAGGCGUCGAGGAGGAAAAGGUCAGCGUUUGUGUAGGACAGAAGGUAUGGAAACCGCACACUACCGCCGUCCGUGUCCAGACUAACAGCGCCUGGGCGAUCAAUGAGCGCAUCAAGGGUCUCGACUUUCAAGGACACCAAGCAUUCCGCUACCUCGCUGAGGAGCCCGAAGAGGACGAGGAGCUUCAGCAAGAGAGCGCCAAUGGCGUCCAAGAGCCUGCCCCGACCGCUGCUGUCCCUGACAACGCGUCCGUCACCCAGGGUAACGAGAUCGCGGCCAGCGAGGAGAACCUGAGCAAGGUCGACGAGAAACUCGAGGCGGCCAAGGAGGAGCCGGCUGCGGAGGAGUCUCUGCCCGCUGCGCCAGUCGAGCAAGUGCCAGAGGAAAUCGAGGCACCUCACACCGAGGAGGCGCCCGCCGCUGCCACCGAGGCUUCCAAGGAGCCUGAAGCGCCUGUCGAAGCCGCUCAGCCCGAGAAGCCCAAGGCUCCCGCAUCAACCCCAGCUCCUUCUGCUGCUAAGAGCACUUCUUCCGUUGCCAUGCCCUCCAAGCCUGCUGCUCCCAGGACAUGGGCUAGUCUCGCCGCGUCCGCACACAAGGUCGCCACGCCAGUCGUUCCCGCGCCUGCUUCUCAGUCAGCCGCUGUCCAGCCCAAGGCCUCGACUCCUACCCAGCCCGCAGCUGCUGCACCAGCAUCCUCGCAACCCGCCUCUGCUCCGCGUGAGCAGUCACCCUCGACAAGCCAGGGUGAGACCGCCGGAUGGCAAUCUGUCACUGCCCACAAGAAGGAGCAGUCUCGUGCACAGAACCAGGGACCCGCCGCCGACCCCGAACAGAAGCGCGCCUACAUCAAGAACGUAUACAGCCAGGUCGAGGAGCCUGCUCUGAAGGCUGCCCUCACGCGAAGUUCGGCGAGAUCGAGUACUUCGACAUCAGCCGACCAAAGUGAUUUCAAGACUCCUGCCGCCUACCAAGCCGCGAUCGCUGCCAACCCGCACAACGUCAACGGCAUCGACCUCAAGGUUGAAGAGCGCCGCCCACGACCUGAGCAGUUCCGUGGAGGAUUCCGCGGCGGUCCUGCUCGUGGUGGCCGUGGAGGUAUGGGCGGACAAGGAGGUCCCCGAGGUGGUUUCCAGCCCCGUGGUCGAGGCGGUCCCGGGCGCGGUGCUCGAGGAGGUGCUCCCACGGAGGCAUAA